AUGACAGGAGGGAGGAAUAACACAGCCAUCGCCAAGUUCAUUCUGGUGGGAUUUUCAGACUUUCCCAAGCUCAAGCUGGUUCUCUUUGUUGUCUUUCUGGGAAUUUAUCUCUCCACUGUAGUAUGGAACCUGGGCCUCAUCGUCUUGAUUAGGAUUGACCCUCACCUGCACACACCUAUGUACUUCUUCCUCAGCAAUUUGUCAUUUUUAGACUUCUGGUACAUUUCCUCUACAACACCUAAAAUGCUCUCAGGAUUCUUCCAGAAGCCUAAAUCCAUCUCAUUUAUGGGGUGUGCCAUGCAGUACUUCUUCUUCUCAAGCCUGGGUCUGGCUGAGUGCUGUCUUCUGGCAGCCAUGGCUUACGACCGCUAUGCUGCCAUUUGUAAUCCUCUGCUCUACACGGUAAUCAUGUCCCCUUCCCUCUGCGUGCAGAUGGUGGUUGGAGCCUAUAUCACUGGUCUCUUUGGUUCAUUGAUACAACUGUGUGCUAUACUUCAGCUCCAUUUCUGCGGGCCAAAUGUUAUCAACCACUUCUUUUGUGACCUGCCUCAGUUGUUGGCCCUCUCCUGCUCUGAAACUUUUCCCCUGCAAGUUCUGAAGUUUGUAAUUGCAGUGAUUUUUGGGGUGGCUUCUGUCUUGGUCAUCCUGAUAUCCUAUGCUUAUAUUGUUACCACAAUUCAGAAAAUCAGCUCAGUAGCUAGCAGGGUCAAGGCUUUCAAUACCUGUGCCUCUCACCUGACAGCAGUCAGUCUCUUUUUUGGAUCAGGACUCUUUGUUUAUAUGCAACCCAGCUCUGACCAUUCUCAGGGUUAUGACAAGAUGGCAUCCAUCUUCUAUACACUGGUGAUUCCCAUGUUGAAUCCUCUGAUUUACAGUCUCAGGAACAAGGAUAUCAAAGAUGCUCUUAAGCGAUGUAAAAAGAGGUGCUUUUCCCACUGUCAUGGCUAA